AUGGCAACAACGAAGAAACCUCGACUUUAUAAGAAUUGUCCGGCAGAAUACAACCGAGACGUACAAAACCCAUGUCGUUUAGGCCGAGAACAGAAACCUCAUUAUCAUUGCGAUAUUUGUAAAACAUAUACUGCUUUGAAGGCAAAGAGCAUUACCAGACACGUAGAAUUAAAUCAUGAAGAGACGCAUGCCUUGCCGACCUCAUCGAUGACCGCUAAAAGGGAACAAAUCAACGUCAGCCAGCAGGUUACUGAAGAUGCAGAAAGCAGAACUUUUGAGGAGACCAUUUCGACGGCAAUUUUAAGUCAGCCUGGAAAGCCCAAAAAUGAUGAAAUUGAGGAAAACAAUAAUUUGCGAUGUCACAAACAAUUACCGGGAGACACCGUUAAUGUCGUUAACAACGGAAGAGUCGAAUGGUAUGUUCCUGAUAACCAUGAUGAACCACGAGGUUUGUUUGACAUUGUUAUCGUCCGAUUUUAUUAA